AUGACAUCCGAGGCGCAACCACAGCCAGAGCAGCAGCUGGACGCCGAAAGCGAGAAGCAGAUCAGUAACGCAUCGAUCGACCAUGCAUCGCUCAAGUAUUCAUUGUUGGGCCCGUCGUUGACAAAGGCCGGCCAAGGCUCAGUCGACCAGUCCAAGGCAUGCUCACCCACCCAACACCGUUCAGCGCCGAUCCGCGCUAACCGAGGCUCUAAAUUUUUCAACCACGAGGAGACGAGAGACAAGUCUCUCACUGCGAAAAUCGAAGCCAUCCUCGCCAAGAAGCGCAAUCUCGAGACGCUAGAUCUCGCCCGGGAGCUCCGGGCAGCCGAUAACCUUCUCGCUCAGCUCGAGCUCUCGCGGGAUCUGACGCAGCACAUUGUGCACAUUGACUGCGAUGCAUUCUAUGCCGCAGUAGAGCAACUGGACAGGCCCGAGCUCAAGAAGCUCCCAUUUGCCGUGGGCGGCGGUGUUUUGACCACAUGUAACUAUGUCGCCCGUAAGUUCGGAUGUCGCAGCGGUAUGGCCGGCUUUGUGGCCAAGAAGCUGUGCCCUGAGUUGAUUCUUCUCCCGCUCAACUUUGACAAGUACAAUGCGAAGGCAGCCGAGGUGCGAGAAAUCUUGGCAGAAUAUGACCCGCGGUUUGAAAGUGCCAGCAUCGACGAGGCGUACCUCAACAUCACCGAGUAUUGUGCCGAGCAUGACAUGGAUCCGGCCGAUGUGGUCUCGAAGCUGAGGAGCGAGAUCCACGAAAAGACACAUAUCACCGUCUCGGCAGGCAUUGCUGCCAACGCCCGGCUAGCCAAGAUUUGCUCCAACAUGAACAAACCCAAUGGGCAGUUCGUCCUGCCGCGCGAUCGGGUGGCUAUCAUGUCGUUCAUGCGCGAUCUUUCAUGUCGCCAGGUGAAUGGCAUUGGACGGGUGCUAGAGAGAGAACUGGCAUCCGUGGGCAUCAAGACCUGUGGCGAUAUCUACGCACAAAGACAGUACCUAGAUCGGCUUUUUGGGCAAAAGGCAUACGAGUUCCUCCUCCAUUGUCAUCUCGGCCUAGGUCGUACCAAUAUUCAGCCCGCCGAGGACUACGAACGCAAGAGCGUCGGCACAGAGAGGACAUUCCGGGACUUGGGAGAUCCUGCCCUACUACGCGAAAAGCUAAGACGGACCGCCGAAGAAUUGGAAUCAGACAUGCGAAAGGCCGAGUGCAAAGGGCGUACACUCUGCCUAAAGGUCAAGCUGCACACCUUUGAGGUCCUCACACGCCAGGUCGUGCCCCCAAAAGCGGUGCACUUGGCCGAUGAUCUAUACAACUACUCGUUGCCGAUGCUCGCAAAACUUGAGCAGGAAAUCCCCGGCAUGAAACUACGGCUGAUGGGGCUACGAUGCACGCAGCUCGUCAGCACGAAGAAGCCGGAUACAAGAGCCUUCUUUGGAUUAAGGCCACAGAGGCCCAAAUCAGCGGGAUCAAGGGAGGACGGAAGCGGGUCCGGAAUCAUACGAGCCGGUGGUGAAGGUGAAUGGCAACAAUGGCCUCAAGAAGAAGCCAACAACCCAGCGUCUGGUGGAAACCCGGCGGUGGACAGUCCUCAUCGAAAACACGGAAAGGAGAUAGUACCCAAUCCUACAAAAGAACAACUUCCAGCAGCCGAAGAGGAGGAGCUAUGGGACUGUCCCGUUUGUGCUAGGCCGCAGCCUGCGGAUGAGCGCCAGUUCAACGAGCAUAUCGAUUUGUGUUUGUCGCGACAAACUAUCCGAGACACCGUCCAGCAAGACUCCGCUGCGCAGCAACCGCAACGGCGGCAGCUCGAACGAAGCAUACCCGAAGCCCAGAAGACGAGGGAGAAGAAAAGGGGGCGCCCGUCAGCAGCAGCAGAUCCCAGGCAAAAGCGCCUUUGUUUUGGUUAA